GCUUAUAUGUUGAGGCUUAUGCGCUUUGUUUUAGUUUAGUGGGCUCAUGUUGUAACUUAAUGGGCCUAUGUUGUAUAAAUUAAAAUAUCAAAGCCCAUAAAGUUACCGUACUCUCCCAUCAUCGUGUAGUUGAGUUGUCUCGCUCUUGUUUAAAUCUCUAGGUUUUAUAUAGAAGGCGCCUGUGGUUCCAUUGGAAGGAGAGAAAGAAUGUCGAAGAAGAAUAACUUAGCCAAGAGAAAGACUCAACAUGAGUACAAUCUCCAAAAAGAGAAAGAAAUACAGGACAAGAAGAUAAAGAAGCUUCAGGCCAACAAGAACAAGAUGAAAGUUGAUGGUAGCGGUAAGAAGAAGAAAGGUGGAUUCUCAGUUGGGAAGAAGAAGUUGAAGACUAAGUUGACUCCUGCUGCUAAAGCUAAAGCUGCUCAAGCUAUGGAGCUAGACAAUUGAGAAUAAAUAUGUUUUGUUUUCACUUGUAUAUGUAAACUGUUCUUCAUUUUGUCAGAAAUCAGUUUAAAGAAAGAAGCUAAAGCUAGGGAUUUUGCACUAGAUAGCAAAAUUGUAGACGUAAAUUAGGUAACAGGUAAAGAGAGUGUGCAUUUUGCAGUAAUACCUAAAGUAUCCCUAUAGACAUAACAAAAUCAAAUAGAACGACUACUGACACGUAUGAAGCAAAAGAAUGACGGGACUAUUGCACAUAUCGAAAGUAUUAAUAAUGCAAACAAUCUUGAAACUUCUGAUAAUGCAAAGAAUCAGGAAUUCACUUAUGUAGAUAUGCACCCUACUGUCAUAUAUCCAGUUACUAAUAGUAAAACCCGGAUUAGAUAAAUGUAAUCAUACUAUAAUUGCAGCCUAUUGACACAUAUAUGCGUAUCUCUAGCUCUUGCCUUCUUUAAUAAGAUACUUCUAACAUUCAAGCUCUGUUAUUUGAAAGGGAACCGACACCAUCUCCCAACAUGGUUAAUAUUUUGAUUGAUAUAUCAAGAUGAACAGGAUACCAUGGUCCUAUGGCGUCGAGCACUCCUCAUAUCACUUUCAGCGCGUGGAACAACAUGUUGUAAAAUAUCUUCCUAUCAAUCACAUUUCUAAAAAACAAUUUGUAAAAUAUCUUACUCUUCUCUCUUCAAUUAUUAGAGCUACAUCCGGUUUCAAUAUCUUAUAUCAUCAUUUUAAAUGAAUAUAUCCGGUUUCAAAACGUUGAUUGCGUUUGGAAAUAGUUUCAAUACAAUAUAAUUUUUUUUGGCAUCAGCCCCGGUAACAGGUAACACAUACGUAACAAAGAAGUUGUGGUUAGAGGAGAGAAUUGGCAACUCAGGACAAAAUUGACAUGGUUCCCCAAUUAUUUAAAAAAAAAAUGCACACUUCUGUAAUUACCUCCUCCAAUUUGUAUUUCUAGCUAAAUAGGCCUUAAAGCUAUCCUCUGAUUUUUCCAGCCCUACGUUUUUUCUUUUCUAACAUCAACUUUGCUUUACUGUUAAAGUUCAAGCAUAUUAACUUUAUUGCUACUAUCAACUAUUUAUUCUAUUUUUAUUGAAUCGAUCAUUAAAAAAUAUUCUUCUUUGACCUAACCAAUUUCAAAACAAAAUGAUAUAAUAGGAUCGCUAACAACUAUCAAAUGAAUCAGAAAAAUUAUCAUUCUCUUUCAAAUAUUUAAAAAUAUUUUAUUUAUUAAAAC